GUAUUCCCUGAUGACAAAUGUAUAAUUUUUGGUCAGAUUUAGGGUUUCUCACUUUACCUCUGUGCGCAGGCACGUAUAUGCAAUAGUUGAAUUUAGGGUCUCAAAAUUUUAGAUAGUUUGUUGGAUAGAGGUUAAUUUUGAUCGGAAGAUGCCCCCGAGAACCGCCAAGAAGACGCCGCCGGGACCAGGCACGAAGCGGGCUGCGCGUGCUCGUGCAAUGCAGAAGACCCAGGUCCAGCCCGAUGAAUCGAACGUGAAAGCCAAGGAGGUGGUGGAGGAACAGAAGACCGUGGUUGUGAUAGAGGAGAAGGUAGCAGAGCCCGAGAAAGAGGCGAAGGCGAAGAAUACUGGAGAGGCUUCCGCUCAGAAGGAUGACGAGGUCAAAGAAUCUGUUUAUGAAUAUGAAACGGGUGAACGAUUAGAUUUGGAGGAUAAUGAGCCUGAUUACGAACCUGAAGAGUACAGUGGUGUAGAUUAUGAUGAGAAGGAAAUUGAGCAAGAUGCUCAGGAAGAGGGAGACAAAGUAGGUGGAGACUUUGAGGAGGGGGAUAUUGGUGAAGAAGAAGAGGGUGAUAUGGUUGAAGAGGAAAUGGAAGGUGUGCAGGAAGAACUUGAGCCUGAAGAAGGAGAUGAGCAUGCUGGAGAUGAGCAUGCUGAGAUGGUUGAUGCUGCUGAAGAAGAAGAAGAGCAUCAUGAAGUUUUUAAAGAAAGGCGCAAGCGGAAGGAAUUUGAAAUUUUUGUUGGGGGAUUGGAUAAGGAUGCCACUGAGGAUGAUCUUAGGAAAGUCUUCAGUGAAGUUGGUGAGGUUACUGAAGUCAGACUUAUGAUGAAUCCUCAGACUAAGAAGAAUAAAGGAUUUGCAUUCUUGCGUUUUGCAACGGCAGAACAAGCCAGACGAGCUUGUACUGAGCUGAAGAACCCAGUGGUUCAUGGAAAGCAAUGCGGUGUUACUCCAAGUCAAGACAGUGAUACCUUGUUUUUGGGUAACAUAUGCAAGACAUGGACGAAGGAAGCAUUGAAAGAGAAGUUGAAGCACUAUGGUGUGGAGAACAUUGACGAUUUGACGUUGAUUGAAGACGCUAACAACCAAGGGGUGAAUCGAGGUUUUGCCUUCUUGGAAUUCUCCUCACGAUCUGAUGCCAUGGAUGCUUUUAAGCGUCUGCAGAAGAGGGAUGUCAUGUUUGGAGUUGAUAGACCUGCUAAGGUUUCCUUUGCAGAUUCCUUCAUUGACCCCGGUGAUGAAAUCAUGGCCCAGGUUAAAACUGUGUUUGUGGAUGGUCUCCUUGCUUCUUGGGACGAGGAUCACAUUCGGAAACUUCUUAGAAAAUAUGGUGCAAUUGAAAAAGUCGAGCUAGCCCGCAACAUGCCAUCUGCUAGGAGAAAGGAUUUUGGAUUUGUCACGUUUGAUACACACGAUGCAGCAGUUAAUUGUGCUAAAAGCAUCAAUAAUGAGGAUUUGGGUGAAGGAGAUACUAAGGCUAAAGUUAGGGCCAGGCUUUCCAGACCACUCCAAAGAGGUAAAGGUAAACAUCCUUCUCAGGGAGAUUUUCGGCCUGGCCGUGGGCCGAUACGAGGUGUUCGGAGUCCAUGGAGCCGUCCAGUUCCACGUAGUAUCCCCUUGCACCGAACAAGAGGCUCUGGACCACGUCUGCCACCUGUAGUCGAACGUGGUUUCAGAAGGCCUGCUAGUAUUCGAGAUAGACGACCAGUUAUGACAAUGCCUCCAAGGAGCAGACCACCGGCUCCCUUACCGAGGUCCUAUGACAGGAGACCGCCUGUUCCAGUUUAUCCCAAGAGUGGUUUGAAGAGGGACUAUGGUCACCGUGAGGAGCUUCCCCCUAGGAGCAGGGCUGCCACAGACUAUAAUUCUAGAGUUCCACCAGAUAGACGCUCAUCAUAUAGGGACGACUAUUCUCCUCGGGGAUCCAGUUACCCUGAUCUGCCAAGAGGGGGUGCAUCUCGCACUGCAGCAAGAAGACCUUAUGUUGAUGAUACUUACAGUCAAAGGUAUGCAAGGCCACCUCCAACUUACCGUGAGGGACGAGGGCGUGAAUAUGAUUCUGUAUCUGGGUCAAAACGUCCAUAUGCUGCAGUGGACGAUGUUCCCCCACGCUAUGCUGAGGCAGGAGUGCGCCAUUCACGGGCUCGUUUGGAUUAUGAUCUUGGUGGAAGCACUUCUCAAUAUGGGGAUGCUUACAGUGAUAGGCUUGGUAGAUCAAAUCUAGGAUAUGGUGGUAGCCGAAGCUCCCUUUCCAGUCAAGAUUCUCAUGGGAUUUACAGUAGUCGUCAAGGAAUGAGCUAUGGUGGAGGCUCUUAUGGUGGUAGUGAUGUUAGUGGGAUGUACUCAUCAAGUUAUGGUAGUGAUUACAUGUCCCGUGGAAGUGAUGUUGGUGGUAGCUCUUACUCAUCACUCUACUCUGGACGGAGCAUGGGUGGUAGUAGUUAUAUGGGUAGUGGUGGUUCCGGGUCAUACUAUUGAGGUAUGCCCUUACGUUGUUUCAUAUAGUCUUUCUGCAAUAGUUAAAUAAGGCAAAUGGAAGCUUUGUUAUUUUAUCUAUGAAUUGUUUUCGUCUAAAUCACAAUUGCCCAAGUCGUAGCUUACAUUUCUUAGUGACAAGAAUCGUGCUUGAUGGAAAAGGAGCAUUGUUGUUACCUUUGAUUUGUCUAUGGCAGAGAUUGGAUUGAGAAGAGGCUUCUACAGAAUGUAAGAUUAUUGGAAGGUUGGGAAUUUUCAUAUUCAAGUUUCGGAUGAAGCAUUGUAUGAGUAUAAAGCCUCUCUGUGGUUCAAUGAGAAGAAACUCAAAGUCAAAUUUUAGUAGUACUGGUGUAUUACAGCAGACCAUCUAAGAUCUGCAUUUAGGAUAUUUUAUCUUGGUACUUCUCUGCUGUAAUGGAACUCUGAGAUUUUCAGAGGUUAAUAGACUUGUUCAAUAUGCGCUACCUUAUAAAUGCAUGUUUAUUAGUGCUCUCUCCUUGAUUUGCUUGUAAAAGAGGUGGUAUGUAACAUUUGCUUCAGAAGGUGAGCAUAAUGGAAAACACUGCAAGCUAUGUUGCAUUUACUUAA